AGUGUUGCUAUCGUCCAUCGUUAUCCUUAUCCCCUCACCUCUUCUAGUAGUGGCUAGUGGAAACUGUUUGGGUUGUGAAAAAAAAAACGCUAUAUUUGAACAUAAAGAUUUUUUUUAUUAGCGUGUUCUUCGUUUUCACAAAGGCCACUUUUGCGGGAUGGGAAUGGCAUCUAAAAGGAAAAAAAACAAUGAGUAGUGAAGGUCCAGUUAAGAUUGUAGGAAUUAACCAUGGAGUAUGUCUGCAUCAUUUCUUGUUGAUGGAUGGAUGGAAGGAAAAAAGAACAAUUCACUGAUGUUACAUUUUUUUGCCAGUCUCCAGAUGACAAUAAUGAACAACACAGCUUACAAAACAAGCUCCGUGCUAACAGAAGUGUUGUUGCUGCUGCCAGCCGGUUCUUUUCCAUCCUGUUACCUGAUUGUGAGUUAGACCUAGAUGUCUGCAUCUCAAUUGAUCUGAGCUUUGAAGAACUGUUUUGUGUUCUUGAGUACAUCUAUUCUGGGAAGCUGCUGUGUUCAGUCAAAAGCAAAGACAGAAUUUUAAGUAUUCUAAAAGAAUUUGAUAUUUUCGUGCCUGAUCAUCUACAGAAUUCAGUAGACUGUGGAAGAAAUGGAAGUAGUGAGGCAGAAGUGGAAAUAAUAUUUGAAGAAGCCAUUGCAAGUGAACCAAAAACUACUAAAGAUCCCACAAACAUUUCAGAGGAUAAAUCUCCCUUUGCAACUUCUGCCGAUGUUCGUGUAGUAAAUAGUGGAGAACUAAUUUUACGAGAACCCAAUAUUUCAAGCUCCAAUGAAGAUCCCUUCCAGUAUGAAGAAAAGCUUCCAGAAAAAUUCUCAAACAGUCAUAAGAUGUAUAGCAACAAAAGUAAAACUCAUUGUGGAUCAAAAAUGGCUAUUCUGAAUUCAAACACCAAUGUUACUGAAACCAUUGUUGAACCGGAAAUCUCCAGACAUAAAGAUCCGGUCUUCACCGUAGUCACCAACCAACCCACUUCGCUGGAAGAAACGCUUGAAAGUAUCGUAUCGUCAGAGAUUGUAGCGGUUGAACCUCAAGAUAACCCACCGCUAAGUAAUUGUGAUGUGCAUAGAAGUAGUGUAGAAGAUGAAUGGACUAUUCAGCAAAUACCGGAUAGGCAGACCGUUACGGUGCAGUUCCCUGCCCAGAUUCUUGGCAGUACGACUUUGAGCGCACUAAAAAAGGGAAAAAGAAGAAAAUUACAUUUGUUGAGGAAGAGACUGAAGACAGUGACCAAGAUCCCGAAGAUCAAGACCAAGAAGAUUCUCUUGGUUACGAAGAAAAUGAUGAAGUCAAAAGUAAAUCAGCAGUACAAACAUCUAACCAGUCUGACGAUCAAAGUAAUGGUUUUGAACCUCCGCUCAACUUUGAAGUAGCUGCAAAAAAGCUGGAUUCGUGUUUAGAUCAAAGUACAUCUAUCCUAAGAUCGGAUGUGAAGCCUAGUUUGAAAGGAAUCGGAUGUUCUAGUUCAUUUGAGGAUCUCACUCCAAACCUGGACGUGAGUGAUAGUGCUGAAGAAGAAGAUAUUAUUCCUAAGUUGAAGUGCACACAAAACAAUGAAACCUCAAACGUCGAAGAACUAUUGGCCCUCUGCUCGGGAAAAAUCCCUGGUAAGUUGUGUCGAAGAUUUGUUUUUUCGUUGUAUGCUUAGCUAACUUAUUUUACCAUGUAGAUUCACUUUCUGGAAGAGACACGCAAAUAAGUAGUUUGACUGAAAAUGCAGAUGACGAAUCUGAUGAAGAAGUUAAGCCGUUCGCAAGAAUAAUUCCAAUGGCUGAUGAGGAUGACGAGGAAGAUGGCUCCAGUAGUGCUCUCCCAAAAUUCGUUUCUGAAAAUGACGCUGAUGAACCUGGAACUGUGCCUUCUUUUUUUAGAGGAUGGAGAAAAAUCACUGUCAAAGCCUAACUAAUCAAAAGUCAACAGUUGUACAAGGUACUGGAGGCAACAACGAAAUAUGCUGGAAACAAAACUUAACUAUCAACGCUCGUUGAAGCUCUCGAAGACAGUUUAGUGUGGUGCAACGUCCAUAUCGUCAUCGAUAAGUAAACUUAUCAGCGCAUAUGUUGCUAUAGAUUAAAUGAGAAUGGUAGGAGAGUAUUAUCUUCGCCUUAGUUUGGAAGGAAGUUACUUGACUUUGUUGUAAAUGCCUGGCAACAUGAUCAAUAGUGCAAAUAAGAGGCUAGAUUUGUCCACUAACGAUGACAAUCACACUAACAUGCAUCAUCAUUCUUAAUCAUGCACUGUACUUGAACAAAUUGGUUCGAUUCUUUUCAACUUAACUAUCGAUUAAAUAUGAAGCGGGAAGAUUAAGCACAUUCAAAUAUAAAUGACGUGUACGUGCUGAAGUGAAAAUUUUUACAUUUCUUUUUUUUUGUGUGUUUGACUUGAAGUACAUUUGUCUGUACUUUCAUGUUAUCUUUCAUGGAAAUUUCGAAAGCGUCUCCUGGUUUCGUAACGCCCGUUUGAACUUUGAUGGAGAAUGGGUAAAGAAUCAAAUUCUAGCGGAUGCAUUAAAUUGCUAGAACUCACAACUAUGUCAGUAAAAUAAACAAUUAGAACUUUUAA